AUGGUAAACAAUGAUGAAGAAGACAUGUUUGACGGAGAUGGCCAGAAAUUGUCCGACUUGUUACAGGGUCAUAUCGGUAUAACGUUCAAGUCCGUAUUCUUAGUGUAUUUGUGUUACAUUCUUCAACCACAACUUUUCGUUUCCGUUAAACGUUUAUCGGAACAAUUUUUUAGUGACUUUAAUGUUUUACCCGGUUUUAUCGACUUUCCCGUAUCGAAAGUUGAUUUAACAACCCUACUGACCAAAAAAAUAACACUUAAGGCACCACUGGUUUCGUCUCCAAUGGAUACAGUAACUGAGAGCGAAAUGGCCAUAGCGAUGGCAUUACACGGCGGAAUUGGAAUAAUACAUGGGAACUUUGCCACAAUCCAGGACCAGGUGAACGAAGUCUCGAAAGUCAAGCGUUAUAAGCAAGGAUUUAUAACAAAUCCGCAGUGUAUCAAAGAAACUGACACUGUGAAAGAUUUAAUGACCAUAAAACAAAAAUUUGGUUUCACUGGUACACCCGUCACUUCAACCGGGCAAGUUGGGGGCGUUCUUUUAGGUUUGGUCACUUCUCGUGAUGUUGAUUUCAUUCCCCCGAGUAAAUAUGCAACUACAAAAAUUGUUGAUGUGAUGGUGCCGUUUGAGAAGUUGAUCACUGGUGAUGAGCGGUUUACUUUAGAACACGCCUAUGAUCUGCUUGAGAGCGAAAAGAAAGGUAAAUUGCCGAUCAUAAAUAGCGAUCGCGAAUUGGUUUCUUUGAUUGCCAGAACAGAUUUAAAAAAAGCGCGAGACUUCCCUUAUGCUUCAUACGAUGCCAAGGGUCAGCUUAGGGUUGGUGCAGCUAUAAACACUCGUGAAGCCUCAAAAGAAGCAGUUAAGCUGUUAGCCGCUGCGGGUGUCGAUGUCCUAGUAAUAGAUUCUUCACAAGGAGCGAGUACCUUUCAAGUAGAUCUUUUGCGGUGGAUUAAACAGAGUUUUCCUGAAUCGCCCCAAGUAAUAGCGGGAAACGUCGUGACACAAAGACAAGCAAAGCUUCUUAUUGAUGCUGGAGCAGACGCCCUUCGAGUCGGCAUGGGAAGUGGUUCUAUAUGUAUCACACAAGAAAUAAUGGCUGUUGGAAGGGCACAGGGGACUGCUGUGUAUCAAGUUGCCAAGUAUGCGAGAAAGCGCGGCGUUCCUAUUAUAGCUGACGGUGGCAUUAAAGACGUUGGAUAUAUAACAAAGGCUUUGGCUUUAGGUGCUUCGAGUGUUAUGAUGGGUGGGUUGUUGGCAGCUACAACGGAAGCUCCUGGUGAAUACUUCUGGGGUCCUAGUGGUGUUCGUUUGAAAAAGUAUCGUGGGAUGGGUUCUCUGGAUGCAAUGGAAGCGCACGCAGCUAGCCGGGAACGGUAUUUUACAAGUGAAGGCGAGGCGAUAAAAGUCGCUCAAGGCGUGUCAGCCACAAUGCAAGAUAGGGGCAGUAUUCACAAAUUUGUUCCUUAUUUAGUAAGAGGGAUCCAACAUGGAUUUCAAGACAUUGGAGUGACUAGUAUUUCAUUGUUACGAGAAAAAGUAGAUAGCGGUGAAGUGAGGUUUGAGAGAAGAAGUCCAAAUGCGCAACUUGAAGGUGGAGUACAUUCGUUACACUCAUAUGAUAAACGUCUGUAUUAA